UUUUACUAAUGAACAACUAAAGUCCAACAGAAAAGGGCAUCAUCCAGACCGCUAGGAGGCAGCACCCGUCAGGUAGCUGACGCCAUACGAUGUUUACAAAGAACAAGAAAGGGCUAACAGGCUAGGUGGACGUAAGCUUAAAGGGAAUGGCAAAUACCAAAUACAAUGGUCAGAUAUGUUACUAGUUAACGACGUGAACCGGAUAAAGUUCUUAACUCAACGCAAUGUUUGGUAAUUAAACCGAACGAAGAGCUUUACCGCAUCUUAAAUCGGCAAGUUUAUCGUUAUGUGUCUGAAAGCUAAUACCGAUGCUAACCCUGUUAGCUCACACUGACGCCAGCUAACCUAAACAUGCAUUUUGGAUGAAUACAAAGUCUAGGCGAUAGUAACUAUUUGGUUAAAUUUGUGACUAGGUGUUUAAAAAAAGCGACCACCUCUCCCAAACGUCACGUCACUUUAUCUAAAUACUAGCACACUAGCUAGUUAGCACACUAGCUAACUCGGCAAACGAUACAUAGAUGAAACACUGACAUUGAAACACCGUUUACUGACAGCUCGACACCAGAGUCGUGUAGCUUUAUUUGUUUAAAAUAUGACGCUACCACUCUGACUUCAUUGACUUGUUAAAAGUUUAAGCUUCCAACUUGCUGAAGCUCGCCAUGUCUGCUUUGGGCUUCACUCCGGCCAGCGAGCACGACCUCUUCAGCAUCGAAACCACCGCGCCCUCGAGCUCUAAAACCAGCAGUGCACUUAACGGGGAAGAGGUCAGGCAGUUCUACGAGGAUCUGACGAAGGACGGUAAAGGGCGAGACGUGGCGAGGAGAAAUGCCACCGGCAAGGAAGAUCAGGGCAGAGAGUCCGGCAGAAGGGCGAGGAGGAGAGUCCGGGCCGCGGAGAGGCAGCGGGGUCAAACCGAUCAUGUCGGUCAAAGUGGGCCUCAGGGUGAAAGUGUCCCACGAAGACAGGCGAGCAUCUCAGAAAGUACCAUGGAGCUCCUGGGGCUCAGGUUGCUGCGUUGUGCCCACGAAGGGGACAUCUCCGGCCUCAAAGACCUUCUCUCAAAGGGGGUUGACAUCAACGUCCAGGACACUUACUUCUGGACGGCGAUGAUGUGUGCCAGCUGGUCGGGACAGAGGUCUGCGGUGAGGCUGCUGCUGCACCGCGGAGCAGCCUGGGUCGGAGUGGUCGACACGCAUGGCCGAGAUGCCAAAGACCUGGCGCUGGAAGCGGGACACAAUGAUGUUUUGGAAGAGUUGGAGAGCUUCGGGAGAAGUACACAGAGAGACACACGAUCUGAUUACAGGGCCCCCCCGCCUCAGUGGUGCGCCGUGUGUUGCAGCGAGUACAGCGGCGCCCUGUCGUCCCACGUGUCUUCCACCCUGCAUCAGUUCAGUCUGCGGCGUGCUCCGCCCACCCCCUACUACUGCCUCCCCCCCUCGAGCAACAGCUACAAGAUGAUGGUUCGCUGCGGCUGGAAGCCGGGGGAGGGACUGGGGCCCGAGGGGGAGGGGCCUCAACAGCCGGUGCCGACGGUGCUGAAGAGAGACCAGAACGGGCUGGGCUUUGGACAGGUGAAAAGAGCCAAAGUGACUCACUUCAAACCCGGGGAUUGUGACGCAGUGAAGCGUCAUUGGAAGGUGAAAGAGGGCAGUGGAGGAAAAGGACAGAGGAAAGAAGAAAGUAGGCGAAAGGAGCUGAAGGAUAAGAACUGGGAACGAGAUUUCCGUGCCUCUUUUUAUCUUUGACACCUGCUCAGGGGGGGGGGCUCCUUCUCUCUCCCCCGAAACACCUGAAAAGUUUUUUCUAAAACAUUAACCGUAUUUAUACAGAGACAAUUUGUUUCUACUUUUUGUUUACUUUGAACUGUGUGUGUGUGUAAAGCCGCUGGGAAGUGUUUUUUCCAUCAAUCAAUACGACUACCAGGACUAUCUCAAUGCUGAUACUGUAACGUAAUCAGAUUGUGCAACGUCCAAAUAUAGUUGACUUGAUGAAAGGAUGAUCAUUUGUCAUCGUUUAUCAUAAAAUGCAUGCACAUACUGUGAAACCUG